GGGAAAACAGAAAUAAAGCCGAGCUCUGUUUAAAUAGACCUGUUUUUGCUUUUAGGUCAUGCGCGUUUCCAUUUUAUUUUAGAUUGAGUUAUGUUUUAAAACGUUUCAGUUGAAUGCGCAAUUACGCAUUAAUGCACGAGAUUGACAUGCUGUGUGCUCUCACACUUCCUCUUUAUGUUCAGUCUCUUCCGCACACACGCUCAGACACACAGAAGUAAACUCUUCCUCCUUUUAUUCUAAUCGCUCGCUCUACACCUGCCUAGAGACCCGGUAGCUCGCACCGGACUGCAGUGACGGAGAGAGGGUCAUGUCUCCGCGCUGCUCUCUGUGACCCUCGGCUUCCGCUUCCCUUGUUUUUGUUUUGUUUUGAUUUCGUGGAUUAAAUGCGCUUCACCGGCUCCCUGAAGGUGCGCGUGGGCGAGGCCGUGGACCUGAAGCCCACCAGCGCGUCCACGCGCCACGUCGCCGCUUUUGGUAAAGCCGGUCUGGGACUGAAUCUGCACCUGGGCGCGGCCACGAGUCUGGACCCGUACGUGGUGGUGAAGGUGGACGAUGGCGCGGUGGGUCAGACGCGCUCCAAACCGCGCACCAACGCGCCGACCUACAACGAAGAGUUCAGCGCGUGUGUGAGUCGCGCAGAGAGACUGGAGCUCGCCGUCUUCCACGAGUCACCGAUCGGCUACGACGACUUUGUGGCCAAUUGCACCCUGCAGAUCGAGGACCUGAGGAAGGGCUCUAGCUCCGAGGAGAUCUUCGAAGGAUGGGUUGACCUGGAGCCUGAGGGGAAGGUGUACAUCCAUAUUACUCUCGAUGGAACAUUUAUUGAUGUUUCUGAUGACCCCACCCCUCCUCCGACGUUUAAGGAGUUCACUCGGAAGCGUCAGCAAGCAGUGAGACGGAGAGUUCAUCAGGUCAACGGACACAAGUUCAUGUCUACGUUCCUGAAGCAGCCGACAUUCUGUUUCCACUGCAAAGAAUUUAUAUGGGGUGUUUUUGGGAAACAGGGGUACCAGUGUCAAGUGUGUACUUGUGUUGUCCACAAACGGUGCCAUCAGCUGGUCGUCACUGUGUGUCCACGCAUGAAGAAACCUACUAAAGAACAGACGGUGAAUCAGGGUUUCAGCAUUAAUGUUCCUCACAGGUUCAGCGUGCAUAAUUAUAAGGUUCCGACAUUCUGUGAUCACUGUGGAUCUUUAUUGUGGGGCCUCGUGAAGCAGGGGCUGCACUGUAGCAUCUGUAAGAUGAACGUUCAUAUCCGCUGUAAGGGAAAUGUCGCUCCAAACUGUGGAGUGAAUAAUGUGGAGCUCGCUAACAAAUUAGCAGAGAUGGGACUUCAGCCAGGAGGAACAAUAAAGCGCAAUCCAGUGAACCCAUCUGCUGUAGAGUCGUCAUCUCACUGUGUCAGUGUGAAUCAAGGUGUGUCUCCAGAAGACAGUAAAGGUCGAAAGUUGCACAUUGAGGACUUUACUUUUCUCCAGGUUCUUGGAAAAGGCAGCUUUGGCAAGGUGAUGCUGGCCUGCUUGAACAACACAGAUCGCGUGUUUGCUGUGAAGAUUUUGAAGAAAGACGUGAUUCUGCAAGAUGAUGAUGUUGAGUGCACGCUAACGGAGAAACGAGUGCUGACUCUCGCACACUCACACCCCUACCUCACACACCUGUACUGCUGCUUCCAGAACCUGGAGCGUCUGUUCUUCGUGAUGGAGUUUGUGAACGGCGGCGAUCUCAUGUUCCACAUUCAGAAGUCGAGGAAGUUUGAGGAGAACCGAGCACGAUUUUAUGCAGCAGAGAUCACCUGUGCACUCAUCUUCCUGCACAGCAAAGGCAUCAUAUACAGGGAUCUGAAGCUGGAUAACGUGCUCCUGGAUCGGGAUGGUCACUGCAAGCUGGCAGAUUUCGGGAUGUGUAAAGAGGGGAUGUUUGAAGGCUCCGCUACCGGAACGUUCUGUGGAACUCCAGAUUACAUUGCUCCUGAGAUCCUGCAGGAGAUGCUGUACGGGCCGUCAGUUGAUUGGUGGGCUCUGGGCGUGCUCCUUUAUGAGAUGCUCUCAGGCCACGCCCCCUUUGAGGCAGAGAACGAGGACGAUUUGUUCGAGUGCAUUCUGAAUGAGGAGAUAAUUUACGCAUCGUGGUUGAGCGCCAGUGCCGUGGACAUCCUCAAAGCUCUACUCACGAAGAAUCCGAGCCGUCGUCUCGGCUGCGUGGCGGCGAGCGGCGGAGAGAACGCCGUUCCGGCUCACGCGUUCUUCAGCACCAUCGACUGGGAAAAACUGAACCGGCGAGAACUGGAGCCUCCGUUUAAACCCCAAAUCAAAACCAGUGAGGACGUGAACAAUUUCGACCCUGACUUCACGAGCGAAAACGCCAUUCUCACUCCCAUCAUGGACGCCGUGAUCCCGCAGAUCAACCAGGACGAGUUCCAAGAGUUCUCUUUCACCUCAGAUGCAAUGCUGGAGUUCUGCGUAUCGUGAAAUAAAUAAAACUAAUACAGAAAAACAAAGCGGCGUCUCAGGAGGAGGAUGACGAAGCGAUGACGUCUGGUCUGUUGAGUCGUGACGUCAUCGUAAUGCUAAUUAUUUAUUGCAGCCGACACGAGAGUUUAAACUCGUGGCUGAAUCGGUGGAAGCUGUGACGUGAGACAUCAGAGCUCGUCGUGACCGCUUGGUCGGUGCGAAGCGAUGGCAUCAGAUUUCACAAAAAUGAAGUAUUAAAACUCUUUGGAAAGUCAUUGCUUGAGUGGAAAGGAUUAGUAUUACAAACCUUUUUAUUGUAGAUAAAGUUUAUUUAAUUUUAUGAAAGCGAAUAUAUCGGAAAUCAUCCCGAUGGGAUCAAAUUCCAGUGGGGAAAAAAGUACUGUCAGUAUUGCAUCAGAGAUUUAUAAUGCUCUGGGUCAGGGGGCGGAGCUAACGUGAACGUUUGUGAUGUGCUACCAGUUAGCGACAUUUGGCUAGUUUUAUUAAAGGUGUAUAUAGAAUUAAUAGCACUAACAUGAGCUAACGUUCAUUAGCAGAUUAUUACAGUGUUGUGUAGCUGAGCAGAACAUCAUGCUGAAGGUGGGAAUGUUGAGGCUGAGGUAAUAUGAUGUAAUAAUGUAAUAAUAUGAUGUAAGCUCCGCCCCUUUUUGAGCCAGGGAAGAGUUUGGGUCUGACUUCAUUUCCUUUCACCCUCCACCUCGUACCCUGCUUCUCUACGUUAAACAGAUAACGAAGACAAACUUCGCUUUUACUGUCAUUAGCAGUGCAGUCUGAAUUUUAUUGCAGAUUUUUAAGAUAGUUUUUUGGCCCAUUUUUCUGUUUAUAAAUCUUUUAUUAAGUCUUUAUUAUUAAUCCGUUCUUAUGCGUCAGCCAGCGUGUGUUAUGCCCUCAGCAGUGGCAGUGUUAUUGAAAGGCCUUCAGCUUCUGGUACCGUGCGACCCCGUGACCUCUUCUCCAGAUAUAAGGACAAGGUCCAGGAGGUAACAGAGAGUAAAAUGUGCCGUGAGGAGGGUAACAAUGCUUUGGAGUGGCUGAAUUUAUGUUUGUGAUAGAAAUAAAAGUGUGUGUCAGUGAGUGUGUGUGUGUCAGUGAGUGUGUGUGUCAGUGAGUGUGUCAGUGAGUGUGUGUGUGUGUCAGUGAGUGUGUGUGUGUCAGUGAGUGUGUCAGUGAGUGUGUGUG